AUGCCGCAGCGGUCUGGAGAUCGCCCGGGCUACACAACCCCCUGUCUCAAGGCCUACUCCGACUUCGCGCACAGCCAUGUCAGUGACACGAGCGACAUCACGAUACUUCACUCGGUCCAGCACACGGACGACACAGCCAGCGACGAUACCAUAGCCUCAUGGGUUCCGCGCUGGAAUCGAAGCCUGGGCGACUCUGCUGGUGUAGAUCUUCAUGCAGCCGUCGAGGGUGCAGCUGGCCUUUUGGAAGUUGACGCUGUCGCCCUCCUUGAGCAGGGACAGGUGGAAGCCCAGCACCCCCCGACACGGGAUACUCGCGCGUCGAUCUGGCAGCGCCUCAAGUACGAUAACACAACCAUCGUGACCACAGCCGCAUCUCCUUAUCCGCCAGCCCACAUCACGCUGGCGUUCAUGAUGGCGCUGUGCACUGGCAUAUGGCUGUGCACUGGCAUGUGGUGUGGCGACGCGGCGAGCUGGAGUGACUGGACAGCCAAGUGCGACGGCUACGUGGCCUUCUUCGGUGGCAGCGCCUGUCCCGAGCACCGCGCCGCGCCGCGGAGGCACAACUGCAGGACUUUGCCAGCUACUACACGUACAACCGGCGGAUCGCGGCGACUGAGCGCGGACACUUCGGCAUGGCGCCGCUGA